AUGUCGUCCUUUUUUACCGUCCCUGCUUCGCAACGCAAGCGCAAGAGAGACGACCGCGCUGCAGCCCCGACAACCAAGAAACGAGGUGUGGAUGCAAAGAAUGAUGGCGCAAAGGCCCAGCAACCCCGUGAACGAGAAGAAUCGAUUUCUGGAAGUGAUUUGGAUGAGGAUGAUGUGAUUGACUCGGCAAUCUCUGGUGAUGAGUCGGAUUCGGACUCGGACGAUGGCGAAACGGCAGCGGACCGAAGAUUGAAACUUGCGGAACGCUACUUAGACAAUGUUCGCGAGGAAGUUGAUGAGGUUGGAUUCGACGCUGAACAGAUUGAUCGAGACUUGAUUGCGGAGCGAUUGAAAGAGGACGUGGAUGAGUUCAAAGGACGAGUUUUCCGCCAAAUUGCCAACAAGCUAUCUUUCCCCAAGGCUAGCCAUUCAUUUUUCCGCUCAGAUACCCAGACAAAUACUUCGAUUGCCGUGCAUGCGCCAUAUGUUUACAUUGUUUCCAAGGAUAAGACCUUGACCAAGUGGGAAUUGGCAACACCAAGUGUCCCCGAAACGAACGACCAGAAUUCUUCUUCAAAGAGACCCCCACGGCCGCAACGCAAGAAGCCAAAGCGAGUUAAGUACGCCCGGGGCUUGCGCAAGGUUGCUGAGACAGGCGAGGAGCAAGGACACACUGGCCACAUCUUGUCCGUUGCUGUUAGUCCCUCAGGAAAGUUUGUGGCAACAGGUGGCGCAGACAACAAACUUAUCAUUUGGGAUGCGGAGACUUUGGUACCCAUGAAGACCUUUCCUCAACAUCGUGAUUCCGUCUGCAGUCUCGCUUUUGCCCGGCAUAUCUCGGCGAUGAGCUCCGGAGAGCAGCUUUUCUCUGGAAGUUACGACCGUACGAUUAAGACCUGGUCUAUCAGCGCAGCGGGACAUGCUUACGUCGAGACUCUUUUCGGCCACCAGGAUUUCGUCACAGGUGUUGCAGCAAUGAAGAUUGAUGAAGCCGUCAGUGUUGGUGGAAGAGAUCGAACUGCAAGAUUAUGGAAGGUCGUUGAAGAAUCUCAACUCGUAUUCCGCGGUGGUGCCUCAAAGAGUGCACCAUACAAGGAGAGCAACAUUGACUGCAUAGCUGCUCUCCCUCCAGCACACUUCGUCACAGGUUCCGACUCUGGUUCCAUCCAAUUGUGGUCAAUGCACAAGAAGAAGCCUCUUUACACUAUCUCCUUGGCUCAUGGUGUGGAUCCUGUCCCACCUUUGAACGAAAUUUCUCCCGAAGUCAGCGAGGAAACUGCUGCUCAUAACGCCCGGCACAUGCGCCCAACCCCACGUUGGAUUACCGCUCUUACCACUCUGCCUGGAACUGAUAUUGUUCUCAGUGGAAGCUGGGAUGGUUGGGUCCGCGCUUGGCGCAUCUCAGAAGAUAAGAAGAUCAUCAUUCCGUUGGGCCCGGUUGGUGCUCGCACUGGCUCUUCAGGUCUAUCAACCCCAGAUACACCCUCACAACAGCUUAACGAAUCUCUUGCCAAUGACACCAACACCGAUGCUGAUGAAAUCGAUAUCGACGGUCAGAAGAAGACUGAAUCCGAACCUUUAGUAAAGGGUGUGAUCAAUGAUAUUGCCGUAUUUGAGCGUCGCCGAGAAUCGGAUAACCCCGAGUCAAAAGAAUACUCCAAAUCCAAGGCCCAGUCAAGCUCUCAGCCUCGUGGUGUGUGCAUUGUUGCGGCAGUUGGAAAGGAGCAUCGUCUGGGUCGCUGGCAAUGCUACGCCAACAGCUACAAUGAAAGCACUUCAUCCGGUGGUCGCAACGGUGCAGUCGUCUUUGAGGUUCCCUUUACAUCUUUCAGUGCUGCGGAAGCUGCGGAGGAAGAUGUAUAA